GAGGUUUGAAAAACGUCUACAAAUUCAACAUCAAACUUGGAUAUGUUUAUAAAAGUGGCUUCAGAAAAGUUGUUUAUAAAAGUAUUUAGUGAUUUUUUAAUCUUAUUUUCAAAUAUUAGUACAAGUAAUAAAAAGCCAAUACAGUUUGCUUUUGCUAUGCUCAAGGCCAAUGCAUAAACCAGAAAGUGCAUUCCCCGCCAAAAGAACUCAUUCAAACGCUUGAGCUGUAAGCAAUCAAUAGCGUAUGUCUAUAAAUUCUAUAUCCCGGCGACGAGUCUGUCAGUGCAGCUUCCAAAUUCAUGUUAUCUGGAACCAUCUAAUAUGCAGUAACCUCCAUUCCCGUUCAUUUCUCGGAAUGAAAACCUUCACCUGAACCGGAAUGCAUGGAGAUCAGUAAGUUGUGCAUUCUCAGCUCGUAGUUUAGUGAUAAUAUUAUACAAUUUCGCAUUUUAACGAAUUGAAUUGAAGUUCCAAUCGUUGAAUUUGUGCAAUUGAAUUGAGCGUUGAUGAUUGAAUUGCCGCCUUCUGGUUCAAUUUCAAAUUGGAAUAUAAUAAUGUUUCAUAGUUGUGAUUAAUUUGUUGAAUUGAACUCUCGAUGAAUAUGUUUCUGUUUCGCUAUGACUUGAUGAAUUUGUGCUUUCAGUUUCAAAACAAUUUUUAUGUAUAGGAGAUCAGAUCUAGUGCUGCUCUGUGUUUAUCAGCUUUGUUAGUUCGAACUGAAACCAGUUGCUUCGAUCAUAUUGAUCGAUGACGGUAAUUUUAAGCUUUUUUGGUAGAUCAGCUCCUUCGAUGCUGAAGGAUAACUCUGCUUCUGAUGGCGGUGAUGCCUGCUCAAACUCGAGAUCGGUUGCCGCCGCCGGCAACUCAACCUCAUGCGGAUCCUCAUCGCCGCUCUACCAUUGCAAUCCAUUUCUAUCGCCAUCAUCAUCACCGAGCCAGUUGGAUUCAGCGAACCAUUACUCUUCUUGCCUCUCGUCUCUGAAUUGGAAAUCUCCAUCUGAUGAUACCUCAUUCUGCGAAGCUGAAGCUAUGGCGGCAGAACGCCGACUCUUUCAAGCCAGUUACGUCCUCGAGUACCAGCAGCUCUACAAUCGGUACACUCUCAUUUAUGCUAGCCUUCAGGAGUCUCUCAAGGAAGUCAUGGCGCUUCGCCGUGAGAACGAGGCUCUUCAUCUCGCCAAUGCCGAUUUGGUCCAGCGUCUGAGUCUGCUCUCUCAGGCUACGAUCCGGAGUUGUCUUCUCUCAGAUUUCAGUCACCUCGGCAUCGGAGUGCAGGCUUCCCCUGUCAGUAACGCUCUCAUCGCAGAAUCAAAUCCUCCCAUCCUCAGGCAGCCGCCGGGAACCAUAGAGCAGCACCGGAUCGAAAGAGGCCAUCAAGAGCAAGUCCAGCUUCCAAAGAGCAUUUCAAUACGAUCCAGUGGCUACCUCAAGCUGAAGGCGCAACAUGGUUCAGCCGGCGGCCAAAAUAGCCACCGUGAUACGACUAAGCCUCUUGCCCAAUCGCAAAGAGUAUACGUUCCCGGGGCGAAAAAUGAAGACGAGGCUCUGGAGUUUGAUGUGUACAAUCAAGGAAUGUUCAAAACAGAGCUUUGCAACAAGUGGCACGAAACCGGCGAGUGUCCUUAUGGCGAGAACUGCCAGUUUGCUCACGGUGUGAAAGAACUACGGCCGGUGAUCCGGCAUCCACGAUACAAGACAGAGAUCUGCCGCAUGGUGAUGGCCGGAGACGACUGUCCUUAUGGCCACCGUUGCCAUUUCCGGCACUCUAUCGCCGACCAGGAUCGGCUGCCGUCAAACCAUAUCCGUUGACUAAAAAAAGAACUUGGCAUGGGAAAGUUUUACUCCGUAUUUUGGUUUAUAACUACAAAUAAUAAUGCUCCAUAGUAAAUGAUUUACAUUGCCGGACCGAUAAUGGACAUUCAUAAUACAUGUAUUGCAUUGAACAAUGAAGUAAUAAAUAAACCAUAACGUUGAUACGGCC